CCUGGCCCCGCCUCCCCACCUGGCUAUAAAGGCCGCUCCCCGAGCUGCGGCGGUGAGUUUCGGGGUCCGGGUCUGGUCUGGCGCUGCCUGCGAGCCCCAGCAUCGCCUGAGCUUGGGUCUGCAAAAACCCUAGAGCCGGCCCUGGACCAAAGGGAAAGGCUGCUGCAGCUGGUGUCCAGGGAGCUCCAGGCAGGAUGCUGCCGUUCAUGGACUGGGUGCUGGAGCUGCUGAGCAUGGAGCAGACCCCCCUCCAUGCUUACACCAUCUCCGCCCUGCUCCUUGCCCUGCUGGCCCUGCUCUUCCGCACCCUCCUGCAGCUCGGGAACUCCUGGCACCGCUACUAUGUGAACUGCCAGCGGCUGCGCUGCUUCCCAGAGCCCCCGCGUCGCAACUGGCUGCUGGGACACUUGGGAAUGUUCAUAUCUGAUGAGGAGGGGCUGAGCUUGGUGUCCCAAACAGUUGCUACAUUCUCCCAGGCCUGUGUAACAUGGAUGGGGCCCUUCCUACCAGUCCUGGCCCUGGUGCACCCUGAUUAUCUCAAGCCGAUCACAACAGCCUCAGCUGCCAUCGCGCCCAAGGACUACAUGUUCUACGGCUUCCUGAAGCCCUGGCUGGGGGACGGUUUGCUGCUGAGCAACGGUGCAAAAUGGGUGCGGCACCGACGCAUGCUGACGCCAGCCUUCCACUUCGACAUCCUGAAGCCCUACGUGAAGAUCUUCAACCAGAGCACUGACAUCAUGCAUGCCAAGUGGCGCAGGCUGGUGGCGUCAGGCUCCACCUCCCUGGACAUGUUUGAACAGGUCAGCCUCAUGACCCUGGACAGUCUGCAGAAAUGCGUCUUCAGCUACAACAGCAACUGCCAGGAGACGCCCAGUGACUACAUCGCGGCCAUCCUGGAGCUCAGCUCCCUGGUGGUGCGACGCCAGCACCGCCUGCUCCUGUACUGGGACUUCCUGUACCACCUGACGCCCGACGGGUGGCGCUUCCGGCGCGCCUGCGACACUGUGCACCGCUUCACAGCCGACGUGGUGCAGCGGCGCCACCAGGCCCUGAACCGCCUGGGCAGGGAGGCCUGGCUCAAAUCCAAGCAGGGCAAGACGGUGGACUUCAUAGACAUCCUGCUCCUGGCCAAGGAUGAGGACGGCCGGGACCUGUCAGAGGAGGACAUCGCAGCCGAGGCUGACACCUUCAUGUUUGAGGGCCACGACACCAUAGCCAGUGGCCUCUCCUGGGUGCUGUAUAACCUGGCCUGUCACCCCGAGUACCAGGAGCGCUGCCGCGAGGAGAUCAAGGACUUAUUGCAGGACAAGGAGUCAGAGGAGAUUGAAUGGGAGGACCUGUCCCAGAUGCCUUUCUCCACCAUGUGCAUCAAGGAGAGUCUGCGCCUGCACCCACCCGUCACGGCCGUGUUCCGGCGCUGCACCGAGGACAUCAAACUGCCUGACGGACGUGUCCUACCCAAAGGGAACGUCUGUCUGAUCAGUAUCUACGGGACACAUCACAAUCCUGCUGUCUGGCCGGAGCCCCAGGUCUAUAACCCGCACCGCUUUGACCCAGAGAACUCCAAGAACAAGCCCCCACUGGCCUUCAUGCCCUUCUCUGCUGGACCCAGGAACUGCAUCGGGCAGAACUUCGCCAUGGCAGAGAUGAAGGUGGUGCUGGCGCUGACGCUGCUGCGCUUCGCCGUGCGGCUGGAUGAGAGCCGGCCUGUGCGGCGCAAGCCUGAGCUGAUCCUGCGCAGCGAGAACGGGCUGUGGCUGCACCUGGAGCCGCUGGGGCCCAGCCAUGAGAGCCGGCCCCCUGCACUGCGCUCCUAGGGCCAUCCACUGCCACCCGCUGCGGGGGAUCCAGCCUGCUCCACACUGCUCAGGGGCCUGCCGAGUGGCAGACCAGGUGGGGAUCAUGGUGGGGCCAGAGGUUAGCAGACACCUGGCAGUCAGCUCUCUCCUCUAAUCUAGACCAGCCCUCUGUACCAAAGCAGGCGCUGUGGGGUCCAGGCAUGGGGCCCCGAAGGUGCUGCAGGCUCCUUUCAGACACAUAGAAUCAUAGAAUCAUAGAAUCUCAGGGUUGGAAGGGACCUCAGGAGGUCAUCUAGUCCAACCCCCUGCUCAAAGCAGGACCAAACCCAACUAAAU